UGGCAUUCCCAGUCAGGCUGAGCGGUCAGUAUCAGGCAUGCCAGGUGGGUGCACCUGCAGCCUAUUUCUGCAUUUCACUCAGGCCACUAACCCAGGUACCCUGUGCCACCGUCCAGCUGGUGGUUAUAAUGGUGCUGUGGUCUGACCAGAUGGGCAGGAGGAAGGAGAAACGCCCACAAUCCCUCGCAGGAGCCCCGUUUCUUGGCCCACUCAACCCAGAGUGAAGCUGGCCCAGGCGUCAUCUCAGCUUUGCUUCUUCCUCCCCUCCCCCAGCGGACACACACAUUGCUCCUGGGUACCAAGUACAAGUGCAGCUCCUGUUCCUGCCCAUGACUGACCCAGGAUCCGGGACGAUGUCUGGAGAAGUGCCACCCAACAUCAACAUCAAGGAGCCUCGAUGGGACCAAAGCACUUUCGUCGGCCGAGCUAAUCACUUCUUCACGGUCACGGACCCGAGGAACAUCCUUCUAACAAACGACCAGCUGGAGAAUGCAAGGAAAGUGGUGCAUGAUUACAGACAAGGAAUUGUUCCCGCCGGCCUCACGGAGAAUGAGUUGUGGAGGGCGAAGUACGUGUAUGACUCAGCUUUCCAUCCUGACACGGGCGAGAAGAUGAUCCUGAUAGGAAGGAUGUCAGCUCAGGUCCCAAUGAACAUGACCAUCACGGGCUGCAUGAUGACGUUCUACAGGACCACACCGGCUGUGCUUUUCUGGCAGUGGAUAAACCAGUCCUUCAAUGCCGUUGUCAACUACACCAAUAGAAGCGGAGACGCUCCCCUCACUGUAAAUGAGCUGGGGACAGCUUAUGUUUCUGCAACAACCGGUGCUGUAGCGACGGCCCUGGGACUCAAUGCCUUAGCCAAGCGCGUCUCACCACUGAUAGGACGUUUUGUCCCCUUUGCUGCUGUCGCUGCUGCUAACUGCAUUAAUAUCCCGCUAAUGAGGCAAAGGGAACUCAAAGUCGGGAUUCCCGUCACGGAUGAAAACGGCACCCGCUUGGGAGAAUCGACCAAUGCUGCAAAACAAGCCAUCACGCAGGUGGUCAUCUCCAGGAUCCUCAUGGCGGCCCCCGGCAUGGCCAUCCCUCCAUUUAUCAUGAACACAUUGGAAAAGAAAGCCUUCCUAAAGAGGUUCCCGUGGAUGAGCGCACCAAUUCAAGUCACGUUGGUUGGCUUUUGUUUAGUGUUCGCCACCCCCCUUUGCUGUGCUCUGUUUCCUCAGAAGAGUUCCAUGUCUGUGACGAGCUUGGAGGAUGAGUUGCAAGCCAGCAUCCAGAGGAGUCAUCCUGAAUUACGGCGCGUGUACUUUAACAAGGGCCUGUGAAGCUAUGAUCAAGCCCUGGAGGCUCCGGCUGUCAUCUGUGAACCUCCCGAAGCCACAGCAGUGAGGAAAUCCCAUGUGACAGGCACUUCCAGUUACAAAAGCCUCUAAAAGAUCUGCAUUAGAGUCAAGCUGCCCCUUGACACAGCCCCCAGUGUGGGUCAGGAGCCUGACAUUUGAAUCAUGUUGUAAUUUACAAAUGUACCCUUCUGGUAGACUUUAAUGACAUUGUUCAAAACCCUCACCUGGAGCUUUCUAAAGCACUGGUAGGCACAGCUAGGUGCUCAGUAAACAUGGUUGUCAGUCAUUGGAAAGGUUACCUAUUCAAAUACUGAUUUCAUUUCCACUUCUGCCAUGAACUGGGAAAUUCUAA